AGAAAAUUUUUGUAAAAAUUUCAAUAAAUUGUCAUAGAAUCUGCUAAAAAGUAGUCAUCAUGCUCCAAUGUGAAACUAUAAAAGAGGACGAACUUCCCUCAAAUACAUUAGAGCAUUUCGUCGAAUUGGAGCAAGUAUUGCAAAUGAUUGACUCGAUUCCCACAUAUUUUACCGCUAAUGAAGCCACUGAUGCCCCAAAAUUUGAAAAGGAUUUCGAAAAGUAUACCGAAGUUUUAUCACGGUAUCAAGAGCAGCCUCAUUUAUUAGACCCACAUAUGGAGAAAUUGCUAGGGCGUUUGCUAAACAAAAUCCGUGACCGAUCCCAAACAGAAGCAGUAAUGCACGCAGCUUUUAAAUAUUUAUAUAUAAUAUGCAAAGUACGAACUUACAAAAUAUUGGUUAAGUUUUUACCCCACGAGUUAAACGAUCUUGACUUUGCUUUGGACACGUUGGAACAACAAGAUCCUAUUGCUUUUAAAAACUGGGAAACACGUUACGUAUUACUGCUAUGGUUGUCCAUUUUGGUAUUGAAUCCUUUUCAUAUGUCUCGCCUAGAUGCCUACACUACUCAAAAUAAUGGCGAAGGUAAUGCACAAUUCAUUGCGAACAGCAAAGGGCAGCAAAAAACAAAAAUGGAACGCAUUUACGAUUUGUGUAAAACAUUUACAUCCUCAAAUGAUACAUGCAGUAACAUAUCAGCAUUCCUUGCUGCCAAAUUUUUUGUAAGAGUUGAUAUUAAAGAUUUAUAUUUAGAAAGUUUCUUGGAUUGGGUAAUCAGUCAACAUCAGGCUAAUACGGUGGAUUGCAAAUUUGGACAGUUACAGGCGGUGGCAGCAAUUUUAAAACAUGGCAAACGUGAGGAUUUACUUCCCUAUGCCGACAAACUUCUGCAGUGGAUUAUAAACUGUCAAUACAAAGAUGGUUCAGAUUUUCUCAAGUACAAAAGUUAUAUGAAAAUUGUGCAACGUAUAGGAUUGGUAUAUUUAAAACCACGCGUAGCUAACUGGCGGUAUAAGCGCGGCACACGUUCAUUAGCCAUGAAUCUCAAUCAGGUAGAAUCUUCUAUCGGUCAAAACACAAUAGGAGAUUCUCAGGAUAUCAUCGAGGAGCAUAGCUCUGAAGAAGAAAUUUUAGUUCCUGAUGCCAUAGAAGAAGUUGUUGAAGAAUUACUUCAGGGUCUGCGCAGUGGAGGAAGUGAAAUACGUUGGUCGGCUGCCAAAGGCCUGGGCCGUGUGGCUAAUCGGCUUUCCAAAGAGCUAGCUGAUGACAUUAUUGGUUCUGUUAUAGAUAUUUUAAGUCCAUUGGAACCACAUGAAGCCUGGCAUGGAGCCUGUUUGGCUUUAGCCGAAUUGGCGAAACGUGGCCUUUUGUUGCCUUAUCGUUUGCAAGAGCUCGUUCCGUUACUAAUGAAAGCUUUGUUCUAUGAUGAGAUGAAAGGUCAUAUGUCAGUCGGACAACACAUACGAGAUGCAGCUUGUUAUAUGUGCUGGGCCUUCGCCAGAGCCUACAAUUCUGAUGAUUUGCAACCUUUUGUUAGUCAAAUUUCAGCUGGGCUCCUAAUUGUAGCUGUAUUUGAUCGUGAAAUCAAUUGUCGGAGGGCAGCUUCGGCUGCUUUUCAAGAAAGUGUGGGCCGUUUGGGCAACUUUCCAUACGGUAUUGAAAUAUCCACUACUACUGACUUCUAUUCAGUAGGUUGGCGCCAAAAUUCUUUUCUAAACAUUAGCGAUUUUAUAGCGCAAUUCGAAGAAUACCGCAAACCUUUAAUAGAUCAUUUAGUGGAACGAAAAAUAAAUCAUUGGGAUAUUAUUAUAAGAGAACUAUCAGCGAAGGCUUUGCAUAGGCUUACACACCAUGCUCCAGAAUACAUGGCCACCGUAGUUAUGGAUCAACUGUUUUCAAAAACUGAUUCUAUUGAUAUUAACACACGUCAUGGUAGCGUUUUGGCAUUGGGAGAAAUCAUCUUAGUAUUAAGUAAAAUGGAUGCUGAAAAAUUAUCAAAAGAGGGAGCGAGUAACGCGUACUUGUCGAAUCAAGCAAUAACUAAUCUAAACGAACUUAUUUUGAAGUUCCUACAAAGGGAUCUCUUUCGCGGCAUGAGCGGUGAACUGAUGAAGCAAUGUUGCACAGACUUCAUUAAAAACUGCAGCCUGGCCAAUAUUGAAGUUACCACGGAGUGCUUGGAUUCAUGGCAGAUGGUAAUAGAUAAGUGUCUUAUAAAUAAGACAGCUCCGACUCGAGAAUCAGCUACAGAGGCGUUUGCUCAGCUAUGCAGAGCGUUCUAUGACACACCACAAAGGGCGGAAACAAACGAUGAGAUAAUUAAAUUCUAUUUGAAGGGAGUAGAAAAUACAUUAGAGGAACAUAUACGAAUGGGUUAUACAGGUGCUUUAGGGGCGUUGCCAUAUUUUAUGAUUUCUCCUCACAUCGAUGCAUUAGUAGACAGCCUAACGCAACACGCCUUAACUCCACUCCAAAUUAUAAUUGAAGGCGGACAAUUUAGAAAAGAAUUCGAAAUGACGCAUAAUUCUACGCAAAAUUGGAGCGAAGCACGCCGUGAUAGCGUUAAAGCGUUAAGUAAACUAGUGGAGACUGUGGGUUUUAAUAAAGACUCCAAAGUAAGCUUUGCCAAUACUAGAUAUUUUAACAAGGUGUUGGAUUGCUUUCUAAAAGCAUUGGGUGAAUAUACCUUAGAUAAUCGCGGAGAUAUUGGCGCUUGGGUCAGAGAAGCGGCAAUGAAUGCCAUUUAUCAGUUGUUAAAGCAAUGUCCCAUGGAAUUACUGCGAGCUGAUUAUGUACAUGAGGUUGUAGUGAGUUUGAUGCAACAGGCCGUGGAGAAAAUUGAUCGCACGCGUGGUUUGGCGGGACGCAUACUUUGUCAGUUGAUUCAUUUGCAGCCAGAAAUACCGCAUAUACGUCACCAUCAACGGUUGAAAGAAACGUUUCCCGACGAUGCGAAUACAGUUUUGUGGUUGUUCGCGGAUCACACAUUUCCCAUGUUUUGCUCCCUUUUGGAUCUUACCGAUUAUUCGCAACGCCUUUUAUUGGGCUUAAGUGCCAGUAUAGGUCAACUAACGGAAUCUUUAAUUAAAUAUUCUUCGGCUGCCUUCUUUCAAUUUCUUCGCCAUAACCCUAAUGAAAUACCGCGUCUUUGUCAUGAGAUGAUCGAAAAUUUUGAGAAAAACUUACUCAACGAAAGGGUAACAUAUCCUAUGUUAAACUUUUUCGACACUGUUAUAAGCUCAGGUACCAUUAACUCGGCAUUGCUUGAUGAGUCCUCAACAUUCGCCGACGAUUUAUAUCGUUUACUCAACUUAGAAAUUAAAGGCUUUAAAAAGCUUUAUAAGAUUGUUUCCAGUAUUAAUGUUUUUUGUCAGUUGGUUCAAGUGCCUCAUCUAUGUAAGAAAGUGCUCUCAAAAUUGUCGGUAUUCCUCGGUUUAACUCACGUGCACAUACGUAAGACAACGGCUACCAAGUUAUAUGAAGCAUUAGCUUUGCAUGGGGAAGUCUGUAACAUACCUGAAGAAAAUAUGGAAGCGGUAUUGAAUUUGUUGUCAGAAACCGACUGGGGUUUACCGCUAUUGGAGGUGAGGCCGAUACGUAAUGAAUUGUGCAAAUUAAUGGAUAUUAAGCCACCCCAGUCAGCAGCAUUAAGUCCGCGUCUUACCCAUUAGAAAUCAUUUCACAGAUUUUAUGAUUUUUCUGUUGGAAUAAACCUUGCAUUUUCUACUUCGCAGAAAUUUGCACAUUCCAUACAAUUUGUUACUUUUGGUGGCUCUACAAAUACAACAUGAUCAAUACAUUCAAUAAAAAUGGAUGUUUGCAAAUUUGCUUUUGUUCAGACAAUAAACAUACAAGUAUUUUUUUCCUUCAAAAUGAGGAAUUUGACAGCAACAAAACAAUGCGCGUCUAAUGUAUUCAUGUUUCAUUAUUCGAAAAUAAUUUUAAAUUGAUAACUACUCGGAAUUUAAAAGUCUUCUGGUUUCUUUUCUUUCUCUUUUAUUAAUUUACAAUUAAUGUAAUUUUUUGACGUAAAACUACUACCACUAAAUAUGUCCGAUUAUGUUGUUUACUUUCUUUUUUUUUUUUUUUUUUGAUGUGACAUAAUUUGUUUUACUAAUUUUUUUAGAAGCUUUUUAUCGACUUAUUUAAGACAUUCUUUUUAAAAUGUGUUAACGAUGAAUAUAGGGGAAGUUAAGAGAUAGCAGAGGAUGAAAAAGAUGUACAUAUAUAUGCAUAUAUAUAUGUAUAUAUAUAUAUGUACAUAUCAAUGAAA